AUGUCACGAAGUAACAGUAUAUAUACAGAGGAUAUCGAGAUGUAUCCCACUCCCAACGAACAACAUCCGACAAGAGAGUACACAAUACCGAAUGGUGAAACCAAGAGUGAAAAACUCAAUCUCGAAGGCGGUUAUGUCAACAGUCAUGGAACUUUAUCAAAAGCUACUACAAGGGAAAUAGAGGGCGAUCUAGAAUCUGAGACCUCUUCUCACUCUGGUGAUGACAAAAUUGAUCCUCAACAGCAAAUAACCGCAGAGACAGGCGCACCAUAUACGUUAUUAAGUUAUGGUCAAAAAUGGGGAAUGGUAGCAAUCCUGACUAUGUGUGGGUUUUGGUCUUCGCUAGGGUCCCCAAUCUAUUAUCCUGCCCUUAGACAAUUAGAGAAGCAGUUCAAUGUGGAUGAAAAUAUGAUCAAUAUAACCGUGGUCGUGUACCUACUGUUUCAAGGUGUAUCGCCCACCAUCAGUGGUGGUUUAGCAGAUUGUUUUGGACGUAGGCCCAUCAUCUUAGCAGGCAUGUUAAUAUAUGUCGUCGCAUCCAUUGGGCUAGCAUGUGCUCCAUCGUACGGUGUUAUUAUCUUUUUGAGAUGUAUUCAAAGUAUUGGUAUCUCCCCCACAAUUGCAAUCAGCUCCGGUGUCGUCGGGGAUUUCACUCUAAAACACGAAAGAGGCACCUUUGUCGGUGCCACAUCGGGGUUUGUUUUACUUGGACAAUGUUUUGGUAGUCUUAUCGGUGCCGUCUUGACCGCAAGAUGGGAUUGGAGAUCUAUUUUUUGGUUUUUAACCAUUGGUUGUGGUAGUUGUUUUUUGAUUGCUUUCCUUGUCUUACCGGAAACAAAGAGAACCAUUGCAGGCAACCUUUCCAUCAGGCCUAAAAAAUUUAUCAACAGGGCCCCCAUUUUUCUAUUGGGUCCCGUCAGGAGAAGAUUCAAGUACGAUAAUCCAGAUUAUGAGACACUAGAUCGUACUGUUCCCAAACUAGACUUGUCAUCCGCAGGGAAAAUCCUCGUGCUUCCAGAAAUUAUCCUGUCCUUAUUUCCGUCGGGGCUGUUAUUUGCCAUGUGGACAUUAAUGCUUUCUUCUAUAUCAUCAGGUUUAUCAGUGGCGCCAUAUAACUACCGCCUGGUUAUAAUUGGUGUCUGUUAUCUACCCGGUGGUAUUGGUGGUUUAAUGGGUUCUUUCUUCACGGGUAGAGUGAUCGACAUGUAUUUCAAAAGAAAACUGAAAAAGUUUGAACUCGACAAGGCCAACGGAUUGAUUCCACAAGAUGCAGAAAUAAACAUGUUCAGAGUCCGUUUAGUAUGUCUUCUACCUCAGAAUUUUCUGGCAGUAGUAGCCUAUCUAUUAUUCGGCUGGAGUAUAGAUAAAGGCUGGAGAAUCGAAUCUGUUUUAAUUACUUCAUUUGUCUGCUCAUAUUGUGCAAUGAGUACACUAUCAACAUCAACCACGCUACUGGUGGAUCUGUAUCCAACCAAAUCAUCUACAGCAAGUAGUUGUUUCAACUUUGUUAGAUGCAGUUUGAGUACCAUCUUCAUGGGGUGUUUUGCCAAAAUGAAAGCUUCAAUGACUGUAGGUGGUACUUUCACAUUUUUAUGUGCGUUGGUGUUUUUCUUCAACUUCCUAAUGUUCAUUCCAAUGAAAUACGGCAUGACAUGGAGAGAGGACAGAUUGUCGAAACAACAAAUAUAG